CCCGCUUCCUAUUGGGCGGCCACUUUCCAAUCGGCAGGGCUUCUAAAGCAUUCGUUCUCAAGCAGCGGGAGCCAUUGGCUGCACUGACGGGGCGGAGCAUUUAGGUCACUGUUUGAGCCCUUCGGCUUAAAGCAAAGGAGUGAACGCAAGCCACGCGGCUUGGGGGUCUUUGCACAGACCCCCACAUCCCUCAGAAUGACGUUGGACGUGGGGCCGGAGGAUGAGUUGCCUGACUGGGCUGCGGCCAAAGAGUUUUACCAGAAGUACGACCCUAAGGACAUCAUUGGCAGAGGAGUCAGCUCCGUGGUCCGCCGCUGUGUCCAUCGGGCUACUGGUGAGGAGUUCGCAGUGAAGAUCAUGGAAGUGACAGCUGAGCGGCUGAGUGCUGAGCAGCUGGAGGAGGUGCGGGAAGCCACCCGGCGAGAGAUGCACAUCCUUCGCCAGGUCGCUGGCCACCCCCAUAUCAUCACUCUCAUCGAUUCCUACGAGUCUUCUAGCUUCAUGUUCCUGGUGUUUGACCUGAUGCGGAGAGGAGAGCUGUUUGACUAUCUCACAGAGAAGGUGGCCCUCUCAGAAAAGGAAACCAGGUCCAUCAUGAGGUCUCUGCUGGAAGCAGUGAGCUUUCUCCAUGCCAACAACAUUGUACACCGGGACCUGAAGCCUGAGAAUAUUCUCCUAGACGACAACAUGCAGAUUCGCCUUUCAGAUUUUGGGUUUUCCUGCCAUUUGGAACCUGGAGAAAAGCUUCGAGAGUUGUGUGGGACUCCAGGAUAUCUAGCACCAGAGAUCCUUAAAUGCUCCAUGGAUGAAACCCACCCAGGCUAUGGCAAGGAAGUUGACCUCUGGGCCUGUGGGGUGAUCUUGUUCACACUUCUGGCUGGCUCGCCACCAUUCUGGCACCGCCGCCAAAUCCUGAUGCUACGUAUGAUCAUGGAAGGCCAGUACCAGUUUAGCUCACCUGAGUGGAAUGAUCGUUCAGACACUGUCAAAGAUCUGAUCUCAAAGCUGCUGCAGGUGGAUCCUAAGGAACGCUUGACAGCUGGGCAAGCCCUACAGCACCCCUUCUUUGAGCGCUGUGAAGGCAGCCAAUCUUGGGCCCUCACGCCUCGCCAGCGGUUCCGGGUGGCAGUGUGGACAAUACUGGCUGCUGGACGAGUGGCCUUGAGCACUCACCGUUUACGAUCACUAACCAAAAAUGCACUACUGAGGGACCCCUAUGCACUGCGGCCAGUUCGGCGCCUCAUUGACAGCUGUGCCUUCCGGCUCUACGGGCACUGGGUGAAGAAGGGUGAGCAGCAGAACCGGGCAGCCCUCUUCCAGCACCAGCCUCCUAGGCCUUUCCCUGUUGUGGCCACUGAAGAGGAAGGAGACUCCAACACUGUCACAGACAAUGAGGCUACAUUAGUGCAGAGCUAGGACCUCAGAAAGCAUGACUCCAGAAGGAGUUGGGUUUUCUUUUGUUUUUGUUUUUUUGUGUUUUUUUUUUUUGAUCAUUCCAACUUGUUGGGACUCUGACCUUAGCCCUGCCUUGCCAAGCCUACCAUUGAUAAUGCUGCUUGUCACAGAAAAAGCCCUCUACUCCUACCUAUUCUGGACUUAAAGAUCAGGGCUGAGAUGGAAGGGAGCCUCUUCCAAUAUUGUGCUUGGCCUUGUCAUCGCUGUCUGUGCUGCAUCUGAAAUAAAGCCUGCUACAAGCCUGGGA